GUUCCGGCGCUGCCCACCCCGGCCCAAUCAAAUCCUAAAUAGGGUAAAUAAUAACCAAACACCCUCUAAAUAGGAUCUUCCAAUGUCAAUACGCAUUCGCGUCUGAGAAAGAUUUCACGCUCAUCGGCGGCCGAUCGCCUGCUUCCAAGAGGUAGAACACAUCAGUUACAGACAACCCAAUUUUACUGUAAACAGAAAGAGUGGCACGAUGACAAAAUUCGCACGAGGAGAAACGAGUAGCUUGCUGAGGCGGGCGGAAGAAGAAAUGAAGCUGCUCGAAGAAGAGAAGAAGCAGCAGCAGGAGCCAAAGAGCAGUCCCAUUGUUGUGCCUCACCUCCCCAUAGAUUGCAUCUUCCACAUCAUUGCCUGGCUUCCACUUGAAUCAUUACUAGCAUCAAGGUUCGUCUCCAAGGCCUGGUAUGGGAUUGUCAAUGCUCCUGAUUUUAUCAAUGCCCAUCUGCAACGAUCAAGUAUCGGAUUGAUAUACUUGACCCCGGAUGUGAAGUCAGCCAGGAAAGUCGAUUUUAGUGUUGAUGGCAAGGUUUUAGGACUAGACUCUGUUUCUGUACUUCACUGGCACCUCUUCAACCCACGCACCCGGUUUCAGAUCAAGUAUUUGGAGAUGGGAGAUGGGAAGAGCACGAUAAAGGAGUAUAACGUGACUUGCACGGGGCAUAUCAAGGCGACGUGCCAUGGCUUGAUCGUUCUCGAAAACACUGCAAAGAGGAAAGGGUUGAUCGUGAUGAACCCUGUGACGCGGGAGGUGAAAACAGAGCCUUUGGGAACUAUCUGUAGCUUUCAAAGUGAGUCGUAUGGAUUAGCCUUUUGCGAAGAGACAAGCAGGUACAAGUUGGUGCACUUGUUUAAGGACGCCUUGCAGUACAUCGGGUGUGAGAUCAUGUGCAUCGGGGGUGGGACGUGGAGGAUUGUUGAAGGACCCCCUCAUGGAUUGAUGAGUUGGUUGGGAUACCCACCGGUUUCUGCCAUCGGAGCUCUGCAUUGGAUCCCACACUUGGAUCAGAAUGAGCACAUCGUGUCAAUGGUGGUGAAGGACGAAGAGUUUGUGAAGACACCUCUCCCCAAGAGGGGUGGGAUUCACGAUCGUGUUAUUGAGAUGGAUGGCAGUCUUGGGUUCGUGCGUUAUCGGUCACCCAUAGUAAUGGAAGUGUGGAUUUUGAGGAGUUUGGGAGGCGGAGGUUGGGCGAAGCAGCAGAGCGUGAUGCUGGAUUGGGCGAGGCCUAUGGUUGCUCUGUUUUGUGUGAGGGCGGGUGGGGAGUUGGUUUUCAAGUAUGGGGACCAUCUAUAUGCGUAUGAUCGCCGUGUGCAGCUGAUGAGGAAGAUCGAGGCCACCAACGAAUGGCAUUCCUCCCCCGCUUGCUACUUACCUCAUGUCAACACUCUUAAAUCAUGGACCAAUCCUUCAACUUAACAUAACCAAGGGAACGUCGCUUUUGGAAAUAUACAAGAUAAUUGUGAUUGGAAAAGACCUAUCUUGCUCUAUGUCACCCGUGGAGUGAAUCUUUACAUGAGGGUAGUGUAUUCAAGGAGGUUAAGAAGGUUUUGUUUGAAUUUGACAGUAAUGCAACUUUGGAUAGAUUUCAAUCCGGUGUCGUGGGAGGUUGAUUGAUUUGAGGAGAAAUCAUAGUGCAAGUAAUGCCCUACAUCACUUGCUAGCUCGACAAUUGAGAGGUUGUGAUAUACCCCAUGAUGAGUCUUAGUUUCAAAUUGCUGGAAUGACCUUUCAUUUUGGGGCGACAGAUUAUGCCCUUGUCAACGGACUUCACUUCGGCAACUAUUGUUUUGAUCCAUAUGCAAUUUAUACAAUUCCCAAGAGCAGAAUUUUUUGUAGAUAUUUUAAGGGUGAAUCUACAAAAGUGAGUGUGUUGCCAAGAAAUUCAAUGAGAUGAGACUUGGCGAAAAUGUGGAAGACUAUUGGCUUUCGUGUUAUGUUUUGUAUAUUUUACAUAUAUAUUCUACUUACAUCUUGAGAGUCUCAA